AUUUAAGAGAAAAUGCAUUUUAAGUGAGCUCUGAAUAUUUUAACCGAAAAUGAAAAGCGAUCGCGCUUCUCAGGGUUGCGAGGAAGAACCUUUAUGUGAUUUUUGUUUAUCGCCUGGAUUUACCCUACGCUGUUUAUCGUCAGAAACGCGUGGUUUGGCGCCAGCUAGUCGCCUUAAUUUCCCUCAAUCCACUCCAUCCCAUUCCAGGGUCCGAUUAAGUGGUUUUUUCCGAAGAAAAUCGUCCAGUUAUUUUCUCCAAUCCAUUCCAGGUUUGUUUAGUCAUUUUAAAAGAAGAAAGUCUCUUACGAUAGAAGAAAUUUUAUCCACAAUUCAGUGCGCCUGGAUGGACCAAAAUAAAACACAGACUUAUAUCAAAACUGAUAUGGAGAUCAAUAGUGCAAAAAAGGCAUCAAAAGAAUCAUUUUUUCCUGUACUACAACGUAGGAGAUUAAGUGUACCUGAAACCAUAAUGAGAAAGCAUAUGUUAGCUCAGGAAAAACUAACAUCUCAAGAGUCUAGAAACUUCCAGUGGGGAAAGGAAUUCGAGUAUUCUAGUGAUCCAAACUUAGAUAGAAAAAUUGGCAGUAAUCUUAUUCGAAAAUCCACCUUAUUAAGACGUUUGUGGGGCAAUAACAGUAAACAGAAACUAUCAGGGAGCUUUCAAGAAUGGCAGCAUUCUUCUAGGAAACUUUCUUCUACUCAAUCUCUUAGUUCCACCCACUCCAGUCCUGAACACUUGCCAAGGAGAAAACCUCUUUCAAAUACAACUAAACCUUCUUCAGUUCACAACAACGAUGAAAAAUUACUCUUGGUCUCCCCUAAAAGAAGAACCACUAUGUCCAAAACAGCUUUAUCUAAGGACAGUACUACUAAAUACUCCAGUUUUGCAUCAUAUUCUGAUACAAGCUCCGAUUCAGCUUACACGAACAGUGUUUCGAACUUAAGUUUUGUGUCUAGCACAGCAAGAAAAAAUGCAGAAGAUGAGAACUGCAAUCGUGUAGACGUUUCUAGUAGACUUUCUAGUACAUCUUUACAAGAAUCAGCAGUUCAGACAAAGGAUGUGGCUAAUUUAAAUGUUAUUUCGAACGUCAGCCUCAGCCAAGCAACUCUGGAUGUUAUAUUUAAACAAGUUAUGAAGGAUGUGAGUCAGUUGACGCCGGGAGAAAUCAGUAUUAGUUCUGCUACGGUUACUCGAGAUGAUAAAAACGAAAUAACAGUUCAAGAAACACCUAGCUUCUUUCUAAAUAACAACUCCCAAAUGUCUGAUCUGUCAUCUGACAAGGCUAGAAUAGAAAAGUUUAUUAUUAGUAAUGUUAGGAGCGGAAGUUCUUAUGAAAAAAGCGCAGAAAAAGCGUCUACAACGGUACCAAGGUUUUCUGCUGUGCCUAGAACAUCUUCCAUGGAAGUAAACACCAGCGAAAUGGAUAGAGAAGAAUCAGAUUCUGCCAGCUUCGCUGACAGUUUAGAAGAUUUUAAUUCCCCCAGGCUUAAAAACAAGAACAAACACACUACUGCGGAUAUAACAAACCUUUUACCUGAAGGAAGAAUUAAUGCCUCGCCUAAGAAGUCUUCCACUUUUUAUAUUCCUAUAGAGGUAGACAGGAAAGAAGUUAAGUCUGUUUCUGAACUCCUACCUGUCAAGGUAAGAGAAAAAUUGAACGAGAGACAACAUAAAAGAGAAGAAAAAUCCAGACAACUCAGAAGCGCCUUCAGGACUUUCGACAGUAUUAGCGAAAUUAAAAAUUCUAUAACUGUACAAAAUUACAAGCCAAAAAAACGAAUCAAACCAGUUCUUCCUAGCAUAGAAUCAUUAAAAAAUCCUUCCAAAGAGAAGAAACACAGAGGAAGUCCUAAAGAUGCCUUUAAUAGACAGAGACACACCAGUGCCUUAAAUGGGACAGAUUCGACCAGUCAGAAACAUUCUGUUCUGUACGAUCAAAGCAAAAAAACUGACUGGUCCUCGGACACCAGAAAGAUAUACGAAAAGCAGUCGUAUGAAAAUUCUGGUAAGAAAAUAGAAAUACUGGAAAUAGUGGAAUGCAUAUCCAUGCCUGACCGAAUUCAAAAAUCAAAAAUACCUGUACCUGUAAGCGAGUGUGCCUCGAAGAAACCUCAUUUUAUCAAGCCCGUGUAUUUGGAUUUUGAAAAUCAAGCUCCUGACCCUAAGUUUGACCAAUUGAUAGCAAAUAUUCUAAUAGACUCCUUGAAUCAUGACGUAGAUUCUUCAGUGAAGGAGACUGACAAGAGAAAUGCUAAUUUUACUCCAAAAAAUCAGGGCUUGAUACAAGAAACUUCGAAAGCUUCGGCUCAGAUACAAGCAGUUGCUGAAGAAACGCCCGCUGCUCAAAAAAAACCUUCUGAAAAAAAUGCCAGCAAUAAUAAUAAUAACGUUAAUACAUCGAGAGAUAGCAAUAAAAAUAAAAUACCUCUGAGACCCAUGGGUAGAAAAUGCUUGUCGUCUAUUCCCCAUGGAUGGGUGACUUUUUACAACGUGCACAAGGACAUGGGAACCCCAGAUAGCACCUCUGACGAAGGCAAGAAAUUACUCGGUAUAAAUGCAGACGAAAAGGACGUUAAGUUAGUGAAAAAUAAGGAAGCACGCUCAAGCCAUCCUACUAAAAGUAACUUGCCUAGAGACAUUAUUAAGACUGAAAGCAAAGAUUUCUCAGUUUGUUCAAGUGAAGACGACAAAACUUUGGACUCCGAUAUGAUGAACGGCGAUUCUUUUAAGAAGUUUGGGAACCACCAAAGGAAACCGAAAACAAAACAUGAAGAUUAUCAAGAUAAAAGUUCUGCAAAAUGGUCGGUGACGAUAAGUGGCUCAAAUACAUACGGCCAAACAGCACCUGACGUUGAAAUGAGGCUUAAAUUUCCUAAUAUUAAACAUAAAUAUUCAACAGGCACUCGACAUUAUUCAGAUUCAGGCCUAGGAGAAGAAAAUAUUCAAGAAAGGAGUUUUCCUAGUAUGCGACAACUACAGGAUUUAGAACGGAAAUUUAGAAGGAGGGAUUCAGUGAAUGAAAAUUUACCGAAUAUUCACACAGCAAGGUCUAGAAGGAAAAAGAGGGAGUCUUUAGAUUUGUCCAUGGCGCCUACAACAAUAAUCCCUAAACAAACUAAAACUAGUACAAGCAGAUACCAUUUGUCUAGACCCAGGGAAAGGUACUCCCUUCCAGAAGUACCGUCAAUGUUAAAUGAAAGGCAAUACUGCGAAAUAUUAAAGCGGAUUCCUGAUAUUCUAGCUGUUACUGGUCAAUCGAUAAGUCCAGAGAGGAGGUCAAUUGAUGACAGAUAACGAACUUAAUUUGAUUUCAAGCAAUCGUACUUCCCCCGGC